UCCCCUCGCCUCUCCGCUAUAAGGGCGGGGCCCGCGGCCCGGGGGGUGACGCGGCGCGCGGUGACGUCAGCGCGCGCGGCUGCGGCGGCCGCCGGGGGCUGCGCGCGCCCCGCCCCUCCCCCCCUGCCCUGAGGAGCCUUCGCCGCCCUCCUCCUCCUCCUCCUCCUCCCGCUCCGCGGCGGCGGCCAUCAUGGCGGCGGUGCGCUUCGUGGUGACGCCGGCCAAGAUGGCGCCGGCCUCGGCCUCGUCCAGCCCCGAGCCCAGCUCGCGCUCCAGCUCCCGCCCGGCCGGCAGCUCCCGCGACAGCGGCCCCGACAGCACCCGCAGCGACGACGCCUCCGAGGGCCCCGGUGGGUGGGCCGGACGCCUGGGCCCCUGGCGCCAACCCCCCCGCCGCGGCCGCCGCUCACCGCCGCUCCCCGCAGAUCCGCCCCGGCCCGGCGCCGCCGACCCCGACAGCGACACGGCGUCGUGCGACCGCAACUUGGCGCUUUUCGAGGAGGAGCUGGCGACGCGGCCCAAGGUGUCGGCGCUGCUGCGGCGCGUCGCUGCCUACAGCACCCUGCCGCCGCCCGACGCCGAGGCGCAGGCGGGGGGCCGGGGGGCGGGGCGGGGGGUGCUGCUGCCCUGCCUGCAGGACGUCUUCGGCCUCCUCCUCUUCCUCCGCCUGGGCUGGGUCGUGGGCGCCGCCGGGCUGCUGCCGGCCCUGGGCGCCGGGCUGCUCUGCUGCGCCGCCACGCUGCUCACGGCCGUGUCGCUCAGUGCCAUCGUCAGCAACGGCGGCAGCGGCGAGGAGCCCCCGCAGCCCGAAGGGGACGCGGUGGCCCUGCUGGGGCGGGCGCUGGGCCCCGAGGUGGGCGGUGCCGCCGGGCUCUGCUGGUUCCUGGGCGUCGCCUUCGCCGCCGCCAUGGCCGCCCUGGGCGCCGCCGAGACCCUGCUGGUGUACGUGGCGCCGCAGGCGGCCGCCUUCGCGGGACCGGGGGCCCCGGCGCGCCUCAACAACGGGCGCCUCUACGGCUCGGCCUUCCUCGCCCUCCUCGCCCUCGGCACCGGCCUGGCGCCCCGGCCCGCCCGCCGCCUGGCGCCCCUCGGCCUCGCCGCCCUCCUCCUCGGCCUCCUCGGCCUCCUCGCCGGCGCCCUCCGCUCCGCCGCCGCCCCCCCGGCCUUCCGCGUGUGUCUCCUGAGCAACCGGACGGUGGCGGCGCUGGAGGCCUGCGGCCGGCCCGAGGGGGCCCCGGCGCGCCCCCAAGACCCGCCGUGCCGGGGCCCCCGCUGCGGCCCCCCCGCCGACGGCAACGGCAGCGUCCUGCCCGCGGUGCCCGGCCUGGCCAGCGGCGUGCUCGCCGGGAACCUGUGGCCCCGCCCCGGGGCGCCGGGCGAGCGGCUGGAGAAGGCGGCGGCGCCCGGAGGCUCCUUCGGCCUCGUCCUCGGCCUCGUCUUCCCCCUGGCGCCCGGGCUGCUGGCAGCCGCCGCCCCGGGGCCCCUGGCCGACCCCCCCCGCUCCGUCCCGGCCGGGACCUUCGGCGCCGCCGCCGUCGCCUUCCUCAUCUGCAUCCGCCCCAAAAGCGGCCGCUUUCGCCCCAAAACGGGGCCCGACGACCCCCAAAAAACGGUGUUUUGGGCCCAAAAAUGCCCCGACCCGCCAAAAAAGGGGGAUUUGCACCCAAAAAAGGCGGGAGGGACCCAAAAAUACGGGGGCAGCGCCACCCUGCUGGGCGCCUGCGUGGACGGCGCCGUCCUGCGCGACAAGUUCGGGGCGGCGCUGCGGGGGACGCCGCCGCUGGGGACCCUGACGUGGCCCUCGCCCGCCGUGGCCGUGGCCGCCGCCGCCAUGGCCGCCCUGGCCGCCGCCCUCCGCUGCCUGGCCGCCGCCCCGGGGCUGCUGCGGGGGCUGGGCCGCCUCCGCGCCCUGCCGGGCCUCCACGUGCUGGUGCCCGGCGAGGACGGCAAGGAGCCCGUGUGGGCCCUGGUGCUGACGGCGGCCAUCGCCGAGCUCGGCGUCCUCGUGGCCUCCCUCGACCUGGUGGCGCCCAUCUUCUCCGUGUUCCUGCUGACGUGUUACCUGGCCGUGAACCUGGCGUGCGCCCUGCAGAGCCUCCUGCGCGCCCCGGCCUGGCGGCCCCGCCUGCCCUACUACCACUGGGGGCUGUCGCUGGCGGGGGCGGGGCUCUGCCUGGUGCUGAUGUUCGUGGCCUCGUGGCCCUGCGCCGCCAUCGCCCUGGGCAUCGCCGGCACCGCCUACAAGUACCUGGAGUUCCAGGGGGCGGAGAAGGAGUGGGGCGACGGGCUGCGGGGGCUGUCGCUCAGCGCCGCCCACUUCGCCCUGCUGCGGCUGGAGGAGGCACCGCAGUACAGCAAGAACUGGAGGCCGCAGCUGCUGGUGCUGCUGAAGCUGGACGAGGAGCUGCGGGUGAAGCAGCCCUGGCUGCUGGCGGUGGCCGCCCAGCUCAAGGCCGGCGGCGGCCUCACGGUCGUGGCCUCCAUCGUCCCCGGCGACUUCCUGGAGGCCCCCGAGCGGGCGCGGGCUGCUGAGAAGGAGCUGCGGGGGCACAUGGCGGCCGCGGGGCUGCGGGGCUUCGCCCAGGCGCUGGUGGCUCCGCGGGCGGCCGAGGGGCUGGCGCAGCUGGUGCAGGGGUGCGGCCUGGGCGCCCUGCGGCCCAACGCCCUGCUGCUGGGGUGGCCGAGGGGGUGGCGACGCCGUGGGGCGGACCCACGGCCCGCCCGCGCCUUCCUCGGUGAGUCCCCCCACACGUGUGUGGGGCGCUGGGGGCGCGCGUGGGGGGCUGGAGACGUGUUCCCCCCGCGUCUGUGGGGUGCUGGGGGCGCGCGUGGGGGGCUGGAGACGCGCGUGGGGCUGGAGACAUGUGUGGGGCUGGAGACGUGUGUGGGGCUGGGGACACGUGUGUGGCGCAUGUGGGGCUGGGAGUCUGUGUGGGGCACGUGUGGUGCUGGGGGUGUGUGUGGGGCACGUGUGGGGCUGGGAGUGUGUGUGGGGCGCGUGUGGGGCUGGGGGUGUGUGUGGGGCACGUGUGGGGUGGAGGCACGUGUGGGGCACAUGUGGGGCUGGAGAGACGUGUGGGGCGCGUGUGGGGCUGGAGACACGUGUGGGGCUGGGGACACGUGUGUGGCGCAUGUGGGGCACAGAGUGUGUGUGGGGCACGUGUGGGGCUGGAGACACGUGUGGGGCUGGGGGCGCAUGUGGGGCGCAUGUGGGGCGCGUGUGGGGCUGGAGGCAGCUCGAGACGUGUGUGGGGCACAAAUGGGGCCAGGGGCGCGUGUGGGGCUGGAGACACGUGUGGGGCUGGGGGUGUGUGUGGGGCGUGUGUGGGGGCUGGAGACACGUGUGGGGCAGGGGUGCGGCCUGGGCGCCCUGCGGCCCAACGCCCUGCUGCUGGGGUGGCCGAGGGGGUGGCGACGCCGUGGGGCGGACCCACGGCCCGCCCGCGCCUUCCUCGGGCUGGUGCGGGCGGCGGCGGCGGCGGGGCGGGCGCUGCUGGUGGCCAAGGGCUGCGGCGCCUGGCCGGGGGGGGGCGGCGAGGCCGAGGCCGAGACCGAGACCGAGACCGAGACCGGGGCCCCCCCCGGCGGGGCCGGAGCCGGGGCCGGGGCCGGGGCCGGGGCCGGGGCCGGCGGGAGCCUGGACGUGUGGUGGGUGGUGCACGACGGCGGCCUGCUCACGCUGCUGCCCUGCCUGCUGCGGCAGCACAAGGCGUGGCGCGGCUGCCGCGUGCGCAUCUUCACGGUGGCGCAGCUGGAGGACAACAGCAUCGAGAUGCGGCGGCACCUGCGGGCCUUCGUGCGGCUGCUGCGGCUGCCGGCCGCCGUGGAGGUGGUGGAGAUGCACGACAGCGACAUCUCCGCCUACACCUACGAGCGGACGCUGAUGAUGGAGCAGCGGUCGGCCAUGCUGCGGCAGAUGCGGCUGUCGGAGGCCGAGCGGCAGCGGGAGGCGCAGCUGGUGAAGGAGCGGAGCUGGCGGCCGCGCCUCAGCAGCGCCGGCUCGGAGGACGAGGAGGAGGAGGAGGAGGCGGCGGAGGCGGCGGCGCGCGUCCAUCUCACCUGGAGCCGCCCGCGGCGGCCCCCGCCCGGCCCCGACCUGCUCGCCCCGCGCCCGGCGGCGCGCAACGUGCGGCGCAUGCACACGGCGGUGCGGCUCAACGAGGCCAUGGUGGCCCGCUCGCAGGGCGCCCGCCUGGUGCUGCUCAACCUGCCGCCGCCCCCCCGCCGCCCCCGCAACCACGACAACUGCAUCCCCGGGGGGGGCUAAUUAGUGUGGGGGGGGGUUAAUUAGCAGCUGGGGGGGUUAAU